UCAUUCUUGUCACAUUCUACAAAUCAAUUGGUAGCAGGGGAAACAAGAGGGUCACUGAGUAAGGAAAAAUGGCACAAGCUAUGGCAUCAAUGGCUGGCUUACGUGGUUCCUCUCAAGCUGUGCUUGAAGGAAACCUUCAACUCAGUGGCUCAACACGCUUGAAUGUGCAUAGUGGUAGCAGAGUGUCAUCAACACGUUCAGGGUUCAUAGUUAGAGCUCAACAGGUGCAUGCUGAGCCACAAAGUAGCCGCAGAGCAAUGAUUGGUCUUGUUGCUGCUGGUUUGGCCUCUGGCUCUUUUGUUCAAGCUGUUCUUGCUGAUGCCAAAUCCAUCAAAGUUGGUCCUCCUCCUCCACUUUCUGGUGGAUUGCCUGGAACAUUGAACUCAGAUGAAGCAAGAGACCUGGAGCUGCCAUUGAAAGAAAGGUUCUUCAUUCAACCAUUGUCUCCUAGUGAGGCUGCACAAAGGGCAAAGGAAUCAGCAAAGGAAAUUGUUGGUGUCAAGAAGUUGAUAGACAAGAAGGCAUGGCCAUAUGUUCAAAAUGAUUUGCGUUUGAGAGCUGAAUAUCUUAGGUAUGACCUCAACACUGUCAUUGCUGCAAAGCCUAAGGACCAGAAGCAAUCCCUUAAGGAACUCACUGGCAAGCUCUUUCAGGAUAUCGGCAAUUUGGAUUAUGCAGCUAAGAAAAAGAGCUCCACACAAGCAGAGAAGUACUAUGCUGACACUGUAUCUUCUCUGAAUGACGUCAUUGCCAAACUUGGUUAAUAUGAUUAAUUUCUUGCUUUGCUCUGUGUAAUCUUUUUUCUCAGACUCUUUGUUUGACUGCUAUUUGAAGAAAAUCUAAUGAGGGAAAAUUUGCUAUAAAUAAUUAAGGUUGUUCU